CGGAUCCCUCGACACCGCCGGCCGGCUCGGCCAGCAGUCCUCAGGUAGCGGUCGUCCAACGCUAAACAGGAAACAGCGGGUGUCACCUACAGCAGGACCAGAGCAACAUCGGUGCUCUAAUCCGGAAAAUGACGAGCGCUUUUAAGGCACUCAUUAACGGCGCCAAGGCGCUUACUAUUGGCAACUCGGGCAGCAAGGCUUCGAUACAGGACCUGUUCCCGGUCGUGGACAAGGCUGUCGACGGCGACGAUUGCGACCGAGACUGCGACAACUGCGUGGUCCAUUAUCCCAAAAACUUCAAGAUCGAUGAAGACGAUGACCUGUACGGCUUCGUCAAGGGGUGGAGCACACACGUGCUGGUCGCGACGGGCAAGACGGACUGGGUGCGCGACGUCGCCGACGAGAAGGGCAGCGUAAUGCAGGCGAUUGCGCACGCUAAGCAGCCUAGCAACGGGCGCCUGAUGCUCUCUGCAUCCAACAUGCCCACGCCUCACUCACCCCCAUCCUACUCGGAACCGACCACUGUGCUCCUGCUCCCGGGCUUCCUGCUGAUCGACAACGUCACGCCCGCCACCGUCCCAACCCUGCUGGACUCCAUCGUCGCGCGUGCACCAACAACCACGACCCCGCUUGCCGCAGAGACGCCUGCGAUCCCGCCGUCCCUGGCGGCGCCGCUGCCCGAGGGCACCCCCGCGGCGAUUAAGGACCUGACGACGCGGCCGUGCCCGCACCGGGCGCUGAUCCUGCUGUGCAGCCAACGGACGCGCGACGCACGCUGCGGGCAGAGCGCACCCUUGCUGCGCCGCGAGUUCCAGCGCCACCUGCAGCCGCUCGGCCUGUACCGCGACCUGGACGACGAGCGGCCCGGCGGCGUGGGCAUCUACUUCAUCAGCCACGUCGGGGGCCACAAGUACAGCGCCAACGUCAUGGUCUAUAGGCGGCCGGACGCGUUCGGCGUCGAUCAGGUCCGCAGGGCGGAGCUGCUGAGGGACGGAAAGGGGCUGGAUAUCAGGUCUGGACCGGUCGGUAAGAGGGGUAGCAAAGAGAGAGGGCAGGAAGAGGGAAAGGAAGAGGCAGCGGAGGCGGAAGAGGAGGAGCAAGAUGUGGGCGCUGGACAGUGUAUUUGGCUUGCGAGGGUCAAACCGGAGGACUGUGAGGGUAUUGUCAAGUUCACUGUUUUGCAGGGUAAGGUGGUCAAACCGGAGAGGCAGCUGCGGGGCGGGUUUGAUAGAGGAAGAGGGUUGCUGAGUUGGUGAUAACUACAGCACAUGUCUAGGUAGUGUAGAUGAGACAAUGUCCAUUUUGAG